GGUGUCAUGUUUACGUGGAAAACAUGGCGGCGGUCUACCAGCAAGGAGACAGCACUUAGUGUAAAAGCCUUCUGAAGUGUGUGACAGCGAGCGAAUGCCAGACAUUUUCACUUCAACCUUUUUCACGCUGGUGUUUCGUAUGACGCAGCUUCACCCUUGUUUACGCCACAGGGACAACGAUGAUGGAGGACGAGGAGAGGCAAAAGAAGCUGGAGGCCGGUAAAGCUAAGCUGGCUGAGUACCGCCAGAGAAAAGCUUAUGCUGACUCCCAGAAGAAGCAGAAGAAGAAGAAAAAAAAGAGGACAGGGGAGGACUCAGAGGGUGAUUCACAGGGAAGACUGGAGGUCGACCCUGAUCCGUCUGCAGAUGUGGACGAGGUCUCGGGUGGAGGACGAGAUGGAUCGCAAGAAGGAAAUAAAGACUCUCACACCACAGAGUUUACCUUCGCAAAGACGCUGCGAAGUGGAGAGACUGUGAAGCAUGACCAGACCUAUACUAUAGAGCCGGAGAGCGAAGUGUCCACAACUGCCGAAGAUUAUUCAUCAGAGGUGAAUGGGCUCCAUGAUGAGAUGAUCGAGAAUCUCUUGAUGUCUCCGAAGGAUUUUAUCUGGGAGGAGGUGGAGCAUCUCCAACAGGUGACUAAGGGAGGUACAAUCCAGGAUAUGGAGGAUGCACUUUCCGCCAAGACCCAGGCAGUGCAGGAGCUGAGUCAAGAGCUUGAAGAAAUAAGAGCCACCUUUGGUACAGAGGGAGUCCAGCAGCUGCAAGACUUUGAAGCUGCUCUGAAGCAGCGAGAUGGCAUCAUCACCCAGCUCACAACUAACCUUCAGCAGGCUCGAGAAGAGAAAGAUGAGAUUAUGAAAGAAUUCCUGGAACUGACAGAACAAAGCCAAAAAUUACAAAUUCAGUUCCAGCUGCUGCAGGCAGGUGAGACACUGAGGAACACCAGCCACAGCAGUACAGCAGCUGAUCUUCUGCAGGCCAGGCAGCAGAUUGUCCACUACCAACAGCAGCUGGAGGAAAUGAACUUUGAGGUCAGAAAGCAUCAGGAGAGGAGCAGUGAACAACAGGAACACAUCAGCCAGCUACAACUCAAAGUCACCAAGAUGGAGAUGUCAGAAAGAAGCUCAGAAGAGUCAUUUACGCAAAGGAUAAACAAAAUGGACCUGCUGAUCGCAGAAAAAGAAAAAGUUAUUGCAAGUCAGGAGCAGCUGCUGACCGAGUUGAGAACUGCUGAGGAGUCUUUUGCACAAAUUCUGGAAGAGAAAAGUCUGUUCAUUUCACAGCAAACUGCAAUAAUUACAGAACAUGAGCAGUCAUUGGUCCUGCUCAGAGAGGAACUUGCUCAUGUUGGAAGGACAGAUGAAAAUAGUUUACAACAGUCUGAUGAGAAUGACUUGAUCAUAGCAGAGCAAAAGAGAGUCAUUUUAGAAAGGGACUGCUCCCUUACACAGCUCAAGGUUGAGCUUGAGUCUUCUGAAAAAUGCCUGCACGGUCUCCAGCAGCAAAUGUCUGUAAAAGAAUCAGAGCUUCAAAAAAGCCUGGAUGAGUUGGAGAACACCAAGUCUGACUUGGAAAGCUGUAGAGGUGAAAUGGAAAGUUGUAAAUUAGAACUAGAGAAAGAGCGAGAAGAGCUGGAAAUUUGUAAAGAUGAACUUUCAACCUCUAGACAGAAAGAGCGAAUGUCUUCGAAUGAAAUCAUGCAGCUCAUGGGCACAGUGGAGGACCUACAGAAGCGCUGUCAUCAAGGCAGCCUGUCUGAAAGUGACGCCAUCCAAAAAAUGCAGGAUGAGUCUGUGAGGAAGCUUGAAGUUCUCAGGGCAGAGCUGGAUGAGAUGUAUGGCCAACAAAUUGUCCAAAUGAAGCAGGAGCUUAAUUUGCAACAUGCAGCGAAAAUGGAGCAAAUGACCGAGCUACAUAACACUGAACUUGAAUUACUAAAAGCACAACUGUCUCAGAACUCCUCCGUUAGCACUUCUGACAUGGGCAGUCUCAAUGUGAAGAUUAAUGCACUUCAGGAGACAUUAGAAGAAUCCCAAGCAAUGCAUGAUAAAACUAAGCAUGAGCUAAGUCAAGUUACCCAAGAAAAGUUCAACCUGCAGGUUCAGGUUGAGGAUCUUCUCCAGAAUCUUCAUUCUGCUAAUGAAAAAGUGGAGCUGGUUUCUCACAAUCUCCUAUCUCAGGAAAGUCUACAAGAUGAAGUGCAGCGCCUCCAGGGGAUGAUUGACAGUCUGAAAGGUGAACUGGCUGCUGCUCAGGAAGCUGCACAAGAAACAGAAAUAAAACACGAGUCAGAAGUAACCAACUACAAGAUCAAGUUGGAGAUGCUAGAAAGAGAGAAAGACGCAGUACUGGACCGCAUGGCUGAGUCACAGGAAGCAGAGUUGGAACGGCUAAGGACUCAGCUUCUGUUCAGCCAUGAGGAAGAACUCACCCAUCUGCGGGACGAACUGCAGAGGGAGAGCUUCUUGUACACAGAAAACCUCCUUAAUGAAGCUGCUAUCAAACAUCAGAAAGCAUUGGAUGAGCUACGCUUGAGUUACGAAGAAGAACUGCGUUUGUCUCAACAAGAAAAGUGUCAUUUUGCCACAGAACGAGAUGAGCUUUUGCAUCAAAUAUUUGACUUGAAAGAAGACCUGAAAGUAGCUUUGCAUAGCUCCAAAGCAGACAAGCUUGUCCAGCAGCUCCAAGAGCUUCAAGGGGAGCUUGAGGAAUUGAGGAAGGGAGGAGAAGAACGAGCUAGAAUGGAAAACGAAAUUCAGACAUUAGUAAAAAAGACAGAUGUGCUUGAAAAGCAGACAAAAGACAAAGAACAGUCCUGGGAGAACAAAUGGAAACAGGUUGAGUUAGAAACUAAGACUUUAACAGAAUCUAAUAACACUUUAAAGGAAGAGUUGGACUCAAAAUGCUUAGAAAUUGAGACACUGACAACAGAGAAAAAUCAAAUACAACAAGAAGUAGAUUUGCUUAGAGAAGAAAUUGAAAACCAAAAGACAACUUUUUCUUUUGCUGAGAAGAAUUUUGAGGUAAAUUAUCAGGAGCUGAAGGAAGAAUACAUGUGCCUCAUUGAUGCAAAGAAACAGUUUGAAGAAAGGACACUAAAUGAGACACUUAAGUUUGAGGCAGAAAUUACAAGCCUUCAGUCACAGAUUCAGGAGCUGAAGAGCAGCACAGAUAUCAAAAUGGAGGAAACUAUUACAGAUGGUAAAGCUUUGGUCCAAAAAGAUCUUACUGAGCUAAUGGAGAAGCUUAAUGUUACUUUGACAGAGAAGCAAAGCCUGGCUGGGAAGCUUUCUGAAGUUGCAGAGCAACUGAUGUUCACAGGGAUCAAAGUGGAGCAGCUGGAAGAAGAGCUGACAAAAGUAAGAAAAGAAAACACAAAGGUUAUUUCCCAAAAUGAAAGCCUAGAAGAAGAAUUGAAGAAAAAACAAGAGCAGAUGAGGGGGCAGGAUGCCCAAAGAAAAGCUCAGCUCCAGAAAGAAGAGCAAGCAUCUAAGGAUCAUCACUCUCAGAUUCAAUCUCUGCGAGAAGAGAUAAUGGCUCUUCAGUCCCUGCUGCAGGCAGCUGAAGCUGAGAGAGACAACAUCCGACAGACCCUGGAUGUCCAACAGCUUUCACAGACUCCCUCUGCAGCAAUCCAGUCCUCGGGGGAGGGACCUGUUGAAGGACGAUCCUCGCUGCAGAAGCCCGCAGCCUCAGGGUCAAACAGGCGUAAGAGACGGCAGAGGUUGAAGCAAGAGCGCAAACUGGGCACUUCUCCGUCAGACAGUAGAGAAGAAAGACACAGGGAGGACGAAGAGGAGGCAGAGGCAGAGGCAGAGGAGGAGAGAGCUACAAGUGUUGCAGCACAGGAGAAUCAGCCUCAGAUGGAGAGGCAGGUUAUGUCAUGUUCACAGGAGAAGUCCAGUAAGGAGGACUCCACCGACGAGUACCAGGGAGAUGGAGACUACAUCAACAAACAGGUGAGCGGACAUAGGACAGACAACCACCAGACUGAGCCUGUUGUGUGCCAGAGAGUAGAGGAAGAAGACGAGACUACUGAGCAUGGUGAGUGCAGGUUGCAGAUGGAGGCCCAGCGCAUUAGCCUGUCUCAAAUCCAUGCUGCCCAGCUCGAGCUGCUGCAGGAGGAGACCGAUGCCCGCACACACUCUUUGGAGCUGAAGCUGCAAAGUGUUCGCAGUGAUCUCGAUGAGCCAAGAACUCUCAAAUAUCAGAACAUGUUACAAGCUGUGUCAGAAGAAUGCAGUGAGAUCAUUCUGUCUUUUAGAAAGAUAUUUGGUGGAAGGUUUUUGGAGAGUGUUGAUGAUGCCGGUUGCCAGCUGCCCUCAGAGGAAAGACCGGAAACCAGUGAAUCCACCUCCAUUAUACUGGAGGCCAGAGAGCUGUACAUAGGUCUUCAGCAGGUGAGGGAGAGGAUUGAGCAGGAGCAUGAACGACUGUCACAAAUCCAGGCUCUGCUGAGAGCUGAUGGGAGCAAGAUGAUCGAGUUGCAGAUGACAUAUGAUGAACUGAAGAGCAGCAGUGAGAAGGAGAUCUCUGACCUGCGUGUGCAGGUUGCCAGCUUUAGCUCCUCUUCAAUCAAAGGGUCACAGGAGCAGACUGGUGCACCAUCUACCCCCAUAACUGAGGAAUUACUGAGGCUGAAGGUUGAGGCUCAGGAGAAGCAGCUGCUGCUGGAGCAGAGUCACAGACAAGAGAUGGAGCAUCUCAGAGCUCACUACCAGCAGAAGGCCAUCGAGGCUGAGGAGCGAUCAGCCACCGAGCUCUUCAUGCUGCAGCAGCGGCUGCAUGAGGUCACAGGAUCGCAGAGUCACUACAGCCUGUCCACAUUUUCAGAGUCCAGCUCUGAGAGGAUGGAGGAGCACAGCCAGGAACUAAAGGACCUGGGAGAAGAGGAGUUUUCAGAGGAACAUGUGAAGUUGUAUUUGCCUACCAGGUCGGCAGGUCUUACUGCACAGCUGCAGGCACUGAGGAAAGCACUCUACCAUAAGUAUGUCCAAGAGGUGGCCACUCUCAAAGAGCAGCAUAGCAGUGAGCUGAGGAGACUGAGAGAAGAAAGGGAGCAAGCGAGUACGAGAGAGGAGCCUCACAACGAAAGAGAAGAGAGAGAGCAGGAUCUCGGUGGAAUUAACACCGCUGGAAACUCCAGUGAGAGGAGUGGGGCUGCCGAGCAGGUCGUGCUUGAAGAGAAACCACACUGGGAGAGAGUGGAGGAGGAAGUUGCCAAAGUCAUAGUUCAGAUGUCGGUGGCGUUUGCACAACAGACUGAGAUAGCUCGCAUUAACAAGCACACCUGCCAGGCAAGCACCUCCAUGCAGACCCAGUCCUUGGGUUCCAGGCUGGAGGAGCUGGAGAGGGAGAGACUGGAGAAGGACCUGGAGGAGAGGAACCUGGAGAUCCAAAAGUUGAAGGAGGUGCUGCAGAAAACUGAACAGACCUUAAAGAAGGGAAGACAUGAUCAGGAAGAAAUUGAGGAGGAGGAAGAUCUCGGUGGGCUGAUGAUGAAGGAGCCUCAUGCACACAAAUCCGCAACAUCCCCAUCAUCACAGGAUGAUGGAGAAUCUUCUGAUAAAGAUGUUGAAAGAAACCUGUUGCGUAAAGCCAACGAGAAACUUAGUCAGGUGCUUGUUGAUGUUUUGAAGACAACAGCAGCAGCAGAGGAAACCAUGGGCCUCCACAUGCAAAAUCUUUGUGGUGCCUCUGGUGAAAGGCAGCAGGCUGCACUGUUGUCCACCGCCUCUGAGAGAGUUACCACGCAGCCCUUUGAGCCCUUUGCACCAGGUCAAACUGCUGAAAGUUUCCAGGGCAGCGAGACGUGUGCAGGCGAUGUGAGUUUGUGGUCCACUGAGAGGGAGGCUGAUGACGGUCUGGAGGUGUCCCAGCAGAUGAUGGACAGCCUGUUGCUCGGAGCCGAGACACAGUUGGAGAAUGAGGAAUUGUUAAUGGGCAUCGGUACCCGGCUCCAAACGGCUCUGGAGAAGAUGUUAAUGGCCAUCACAGAUGCCACCAACCAGCUUGAACAUGCCCGGUUGACCCAGACCGAGCUGAUGCGGGAGUCCUUCCGCCGCAACCAGGAGAUCAGUGAGCUGCUGCAGAAGCAGGAGGAGUUGCAGGAGAGGUUGACCGAGGAGGCCCGGGCACGGGAGCAGCUGGCUCUUGAGCUUCACCGCGCUGAGGGUCUAAUUGAUGGCUACACAGGUGAGCGAGCUGCGUUGGACGAGCAAUUGCGUCAGAAGGAAGAGCUUCAGAUGAGCCUUGAACAAGAGCUGCAGGUUACGAGUAGCCGGUUGCAGGAGCUGGAGCAGGAGAGGCUUCAGAUGCAAGAGGAGCGAGAGCUGCUGUCACGACAACAGGACGCCAUGAGGGAGGAUGCUGGGCCCCGAGAGCUCCGCCUAGUUGAAGCUGCAAUGGUUGCAGCACCUGAAGCAGACCUCUUAGAGGAGACAGAGAAGCUGAUGAAAGAGAAGGUGGAGGUCCAGCGUCAGGCUGAGAAGGAGAACUCAGACCUCCUGAAGCAGGUAAAGCUGCUGGAGACAGAGCUGGAGGAGCAGGUCAACAGAGUGAUCGAGCUGGAACAUGCUCAGACUACAGAGAACGGAGACCUGCGGCAGCAGCUCCAAGCUUUGGAGAAACAGCUGGAGAAAAACAGAAGGUUCCUUGAUGAACAAGCUGUGGACCGAGAACAUGAGAGGGAUUUCUUCCAGCAGGAGAUCCAGACACUGGAGAAGCAGCUGAAGAAUCCACAGAGGCUUCAGACUGGCUCUGAGCAGAGAAACCAAGAGGUGGAGCAGCUGACCUCCCAGCUGAAGGAGAAGGCGGAUUGGUGCAGUGAGCUGCUGCUCAGCUCAGAGCAGCUGCGUCGUGAGUUGAAGGAGCGCGACGAAGAGAUUGACAAGCUGGAGAGCCGCAUCCAUGAACUGGAGCAGGCCCUGCUGGCCAGCGCUGAGUCCCUGGAGAAGGCUGAACAAAAGAAGCAGCAUGCAUCCAUCACUGAGACCAGACGCUCCUCGCUGGAGGCUCAGUUACAGACGGAGAGAGAAGCUCUGGAGCGGAAAGAGAAAGAGAUCUGUAACCUGGAGGAGCAGCUGGAACAGUUUAGAGAGGAGCUGGAGAACAAGAGUGAGGAGGUGCAGCAGCUUCACAUGCAGCUGGAGAUCCAGAGCAAGGAGAUCAGCAGCCAGCAGGAAUACCUAGAAACAAGGGACAGCAUGCUCCAGGUGAUGGAGGAAAAGGACAGGGAAAUAGCACUUCUUAAUGAACAGAUCACUAAACUUGGACACACGGAAACAGCAUCUGAUAACAAGGAAAUAGAUGAGCGAGAUGACCUUAUAAAAGACCUGGAGUCCAAGGUUGAGUGCCUGCAGGUUGAGCAAGAGCGCCUGAAGAGGAACAGUGAGGAGGAGCUUGACCAACUGAAUGCAGUCAUAGAAAAACUUCAGCAGGAACUGGUCAAUAUUGAGCAAAAACAGGCUGUAGUGGAAGAUGAGGACAUCAUUGGUGAGCAAGAGCAGGAGUAUAAUGAAAUGAAACACAGAAUGGAGCUGGCCACUACAGAGCUUAAUAUACUGAAAACAGAGGGCAGCAAGCUUCUAGAGACACAUCUGUGCUUGAAAGAGAGUGCCGACGCUUUAGCUGAAACACAAAAACUGAGUACUUCAGAGGGCGAGCUUGAAGAAGCCCUUAGAGAAAAAACUGCAUGUCUUGUAGUCAUGCAGGCCCAAGUACAAGCUUUAGAGCAGAGCGCAACAUCCAGGGUGGAAGAGUUAGGGCUCCGUAUCCAAGAGCUUGAGGACUUAGUUAGCGAAAAAGAAGGUGAGUUAAGCCGCUGUCAUCUUCUUGUGCAGCAAGGUCAAAGCUAUGCAGAUGGUCUCCAACAGAGGGUCUCUACUUUAGAGGAAAAUCUGAGGGAGAAAAUUGCUGUUGCACUGGUCAGCCAAGCCACUCUGGAGGCCCUCCAGCAGCAGCAGUCACACAUAUCCAAAGAAAACCAGGACAUUCAGAGACAUUCAGAACCGCAUGUGAAACCCAGUAUGCAGCCACAUUUACAUGGCUUUGGUGACUUUGACAUUCCACAAAUGGAUUUCAGUGGAUUGGGUGAGGCAAGACAAGUUCCCACUGGGAAGGUGGUCCAUCUGACCCAGAAGUUGCGAGAGCUAGAGGUAGGACUCGGUGAAAUGCAGAAAGACCAGGAGCUCCAGAAGCAGCUGCUGUCCAGCUCUGAAGAGGAGGUACUGGAGUAUGAGAGGAGGCUGGCAGUGCUUAUGGACCUGCUCAUUCAGAUGAAGGCCAUCAGAGGACAUCACCAGAAGACUUCACCAGCUGUGGAGGCCUCCUCUGCUGAUCACCAACCUGCUGUAUCUGAGCUUCUUCAGGAGUUGCAGGAGGUAAACAGCGAGACUGUGGCCACCAAAGAGCAGCUCAUCAGUUACAAGGAGAGCUGCAGCACACUCCAGAAUCAGCUCCAAGAAAAAACAGUAACAAUAGAAAGACUUCAGGAUCAACUUCAGAAGGUAUCAACUAGCAGCUCUGAAGAAGUCAAGCUUCAAGAUGAACUGAUGGAGGCUCGUGAUGAGGCAACAGCUGCCAAAGAGGAGCUGAACAGCUGCAGGGAAACUUUAGAGAAACUGCAGGAGCUGCUACAGGAGCGGGAAAUGACCAUUGCAUACCUUAAAGGAGAACUUUUUCAAGUCAAAUCUGUGGAAGGAGCUGAGAGCACAGAGCUUCUACAGGAGCUCCAGGCGUUAAGAGAUGAGGUGGCAUCUACCAAAGAAGAACUCUGUAACUACAGGAGGCACAAUGAGAAACUCCAAGAGGAGCUCCAAGUACGGGAAAUUUCCAUUUCGAAACUCAAAGAGGAGCAACAGCAGCUGAUAAAAAAUGUGGAUAUUACUAAAGAAGAGCUCAGCAGCUACAGGCAGCAAAAUGAGAAACUCCAACAAGAGCUCCAAGUCCCAGUUUCCCUUUCUAGACACGAAGAGGAUCACCAGCAGCUAACGACCGAUAUGGAUACCACCAAAGAAGAAUUCAGCAGCUACAGGCUGCAAAAUGAGAAGCUGCUAGAAGAACUCAAAGUUGGACAAGUUUCCAUUUCUAAACUCAGAGAGGAACAUCAGCAGCUGAUAAAGGACAUGGAUACCACUAAAGAAGAGCUCAACAGCUACAGGCAGCAGAAUGAGAAACUCCAAGAAGAGCUCCAAGUGCGAGAAGUUUCAAUUUCUAAAGUCAAUGAGGAGCAUCAGCAGCUGAUGAUGGAUGUGGAUACCACCAAAAAAGAACUCACCAGCUACAGGCAACAGAAUGAGAAACUCCAGGAAGAGCUCCAAGUCAGAGAUGUUUCCAAUUCUGACCUCAAAGAGGAGAUCCAGCAGCUGAUGAUGGAUGUGGAUACCACUAAAGAAGAUCUCAGCGGCUACAGGAAACAGAAUGAGAAACUCCAAGAAGAGCUCCAAGUGCAGGAGGUUUUGAUUUCUAAACUCAGAGAGGAACACCAAGUGUCGAUGAUAGAUGUGGAUACCACCAAAGAAGAACUCAGCAGCUACAGGCAGCAGAAUGAGAAACUCCAAGAGGUGCUCCAAGACAGAGAACUUUCCAUUUCGAAACUCAAAGAUUCCAUCAAAGAGGAUCUCAACAGCUACAGACAGCAGAAUGAGAAACUCCAAGAAGAGCUCCAAGUGCAAGAAGUUCCCAUUUCUAAAAUCAAUGAGGAACAACAGCUGCUGACGAAGGAUGUGGAUACCACCAAUAAGGAACUCAGCAGCUACAGGCAGCAGAAUGAGAAACUGCAAGAAGAGCUCCAAGACCGAGAACUUUCCAUUUCAAAACUCAAAGAGGAGAACCAGCAGCUUUUGAUGGAUGUGGAUUCCAUCAAAGAGGAUCUCAGCAGCUACAGACAGCAGAAUGAGAAACUCCAAGAAGAGCUCCAAGUGCGAGAAGUUCCCAUUUCUAAAAUCAAUGAGGAACAACAGCUGCUGACGAAGGAUAUGGAUACCACCAAUAAGGAACUCAGCGGCUACAGGCGGCAGAAUGAGAAACUGCAAGAAGAGCUCCAAGACCGAGAACUUUGCAUUUCUAAACUCAACGAGGAGAACCAGCAGCUGAUUAUAGAUGCGGAUACCAUCAAAGAACAACUCAGCAUCUACAGGAAACAGAAUGAGAAACUCCAAGAUGAGCUCCAAGUGCGAGACCUUUCAAUUUCUAAACUCAAAGAAGAAAACCAGCAGCUGAUGAUGGAUGUGGAUACCACCAAAGAAGCACUCAGCAGCUACAGGCAGCAGAAUGAGAAACUCAUGCAAGAACUGCAUAAUCGCGAGCUGUCUAUUUCUAAGCUCAAAAAAGAGCUGCAAGAUGUUCAAACAGCUUUGUCGAAGACAGCAGACUCUGGACCUCCAUCUCCUUCUCCGUCUCAUCAGCCACAGUCCUCUUCUUCAUCCUCCUCCGCCACCCAGCCUAAGAGGAAAGGAGCCAAACAGUCAGCUAUUAAGGGUAGCGCUGCCAAAGAUAAACUAUCUCUGUCCAAGAAAAACUCUGCUCCUUCUAGCCAGUCCUCCAGCAGAUCCCACAGCUCCCUGCUAAACAGUAGCAACGAACACCAACAUGUGACUCUAACAGACUCGUUCACACAGACCGAACCUCUCCAAAUGUACGAUCUAAGCUUGCAGAGCAAGUCUGUGGCUAGAGAGGAAAUGGAGGAGGUGAUCAGUGAGUUUCAGGAAAAGAUUGUGCAGAUGCAGGAGCUCCACGCAGCAGAAAUCCUGGACAUGGAGGCUCGGCAUAUUUCUGAGAGUGAGAACCUGAGGAGGGACACAAAUGCACUGGAGGAUGAGUGCAAAGCCCUUAAAGCAGUCAUUGACAAGCUGCGAUCUACAGAGGCUCCCACAUCUAGACAAGACCGUCCUACACCACAGUUAAAAGAUGGAUACACCAGUGACAGCAGCUCAGACUACAGCCAGCGAACUGGAUAUGACCUCCCAAACUUGCAACAGGAGUUCAGAACAACUCCAGAUGGCGCUAGAAUAGAAACUGAUGAUCCCAUGCCUGACAGGAUCAAAAUGUUGCUCCGUGAGGUGCACCAGGAGGGAAUGCAGGUGCUUUCUCUGUCAGAACUUCCAACCUCUGAAGGCGAGCCAGGCAACCAGUUCAACAUCCAGGGCUGGUUAAAGGAAAGAGAUGCUUUGCUUGCGACUGUGGAGUCUCUCAAAGGCCUCAUCACUCAGAUGCAGACAAGCAGAGAAACACAGACUUCAGGUAGUGUGGACUGGCGUGCACAGCUGUUGGAUGCAGUGAGGCAGGUAUUUCUGAGGGAACGAAGCGUGCUGAAGAUGACCCUCUACAGCCAGCUGGACCUGCUGGACACUAGUGAUGCCAUCAUCCACCUUAAUCAGCUGGAGCGCAGACUGGCUGAGCAGGAUGCCCACCACAGAGAUGCAAUGGAUUCCCUCCACACUGCGGAGCGGUCUAGUCUCAUCUCUGAGAUUCAUCAUCUCCGUGGUCAGUUGGAGCAACUCCAUCAAGGCGCCCAGUCUGCAGUGCCUUUGGCUGCUGAAUUUGACAGGAGGGAGCAGAGGGAGGGAGGAGCAGCAGAGACCAACAGGCUGCUGGUGGAAGAGCUGAAGUGCGAACUAUCCCAGACUAAACUAGAGCUGGAGACGACACUGAAGACUCAGCACAAACACUUUAAAGAGCUGGACACACUCAGAGCUGAGGUAUCAAAGAAAGCUGCUGAGAUGGACGCACUCAAUGAUCAGCUGAUAGAUGAGAGGAAGAGGAGCAGAGAUCUUCAAUGGGCCAUGGAGAAGGACAAAUGUCGGACUGGAAGGACUGAGGAGACUAAGCGAGAGAAGCUUGAGGACCUCCACCUCAGUCUGGAGGAGCAGAAGAGCCGUGUGGCCCAGCUGACCCUGACUCUGGACCAGGAGCGUCAGGCCUCGUCCUUGCUCUCCCAGCAGGCUGAGGAGGAGCGUCUGAGUCUCCACAGACGUUUACAGGAGCUACAGGUCCAGUUCGAAACGGAGCAUGCUAAAGCCCUGGAGAUUAGCACUGCACUGGGGAGAGAGAGGGAGCUUCGGACUGGUGUCUCCUCCAACAACAGCUCCUCCAAUGAGGCGCCAGUGGAGACGGACAGUAGAGACGAUGGGAGUCUGCUGGUUAGACUGCAGAGGGAGCUGGAUGACAAACACUCACAGGUGGUGCAUCUCUUCAGUCAGGUGGAGGCCCACAAGCUUGAGGUGGUGCGGAAAGAGGAGGAGCUGAUGUUGCUAAGUCAGAGGUCAAGACGGGACCACGAAGCUCUGCUGGAGGCUCGGACUCAGCUGGAGAACUUGAGAGCACAGAUUUCAGGGACCCAGGAGCAGCUGGAGCAAGAGAUGGAGAGGAGGAGGAGCCUGGAAGAAGAGAAGGAGAGACUGGAGGAGAGGGUAAACCAAGUCGGAGCGCAGCAAGGACAAAGGCAGGAGAGUGGACCUCAGCAGACCGACAGACACAGUCCGUCAGCAUUGCACAGAGACUCUGGCUUCCACACCACAGACUGGGGGUCCCAGCUGAAGUCUGGCACCUCCAACAUGUCCCCCCUCCCGGAGGUCUCUGCAGCAGCUCACAGCAGUGGACCACACCAUGGUCCAUGGCGCACAGUCGACAAGGUCAUUGGCAAACUCCACUUGGUUUCCUCGAAGAUCUGCAGCAUGUCAAACCAAACACCCGGCAGGCUGACUGCAGAGGUUGACAGAGAAGAGUUGUCCUGGGUGCAGUCCAGUGUUGAUGAGGUCAUCAAUAUGCUGCAACAGUUCCCAAGUUUACCCUCUGUCCCUGAGAGUGUGUCCCGGCUGGCAGGAGGCUCCUCCAGCUCCUCCAACUCCCUGACAGAGCGGCUGUUGAGGCAGAAUGCUGAGCUCACGGGUUUUGUCAGCCGUCUGACCGAAGAGAAGAACGAUCUUCGAAACCAUGUGCUCCGCUUGGAAGACGAGCUGCGGCGUUACAGACAUUCUGGACUGGGAUCAGGAGACAGCUCGUUCAACCAGAGAUUAAAGUCAAACAUGGACUCGGCCAGUACGCCGCUCGCCCAUGAGCGGGAGACUUGGACUCGAGAGAAGAUCCGUUUGGAGAAAGCUUUGCAUCUGGCUCAGUCGCAGGUGGCUCGACUCCGGGGAGAGGUCAGGUCUGACACUCUGCGAGACAUAACAGGACCUGAGGCUGACAACGCUGCGCUGAAGAGGAUGUACGGAAAGUACCUGAGGUCAGAAAGCUUCCGCAAAGCUCUUAUCUACCAGAAGAAGUAUCUGCUGUUACUUCUGGGCGGCUUCCAAGAGUGUGAGGAAGCCACGCUGUCGCUGCUCUGCAGGAUGGGCGGGCAGCCGUCGCUCUCCAGCCUGGAGUCGUACAGCCAGCGCCGCAGAGGGCUGACGCGCUUCCGCUCUGCCGUUCGGGUCUCCAUUGCCCUCUCAAGGAUGCGUUUCUUGGUGAGGCGUUGGCACAAGGCGACAGGGAUGAGCUCGACAGCCUCCUGCAGUCUGAACAAGAAUGGAACAGGACAGACAUUCAGUACAGAGAUGAGAGAUUCACCAUAUCUUCACCCAGGCAGUGCUGAGAUAUACAGAGAAAAAGGCAGCCGUGCAGGAGGGGGAGGAGGAGUCUCCAGCAGCAGGGGGAGAAGUGGACGGGAGUCUCCUCGAUCAGCUGUCUCCUCCACACCACACAGAUAUCACAUGGCCGGAGAUCACGGAGCGCUCACCUGUUCCCACCUGCAGAGCUACGACCCUGACCGCGCUCUCACCGACUACAUCUCCAGACUGGAGGCUCUGCAGAGGAGACUGGGGAGUGUGACAUCAGGUGCUUCUUCAUAUGCUCACUUGCACUUUGGCUUGAGACGAUAGACGCUGACAGUUGACUUUUGCUUGAAGAAACUCAGUUGCCUUUUCUUGUGCUGAGUGCUCUGCUGUUUUCUAUCAUUCUGCUGUGAGCUCGAUUUCCAUUUGGACCAAAACACGUUUUUUUAAUGAGUGUACGACAUUGUUGUAUUCAGCCUUUUUUGUCGCCAGCACUUGAAAAACCGCUCCGUUUGUAAUUUAAUCUGCCCUCUUUGUUGUGGAUAAACUUCAAUCUUGUAUAUUUGUCUAAUGCUAAUUUAAGACCUCGUGAUUAAUUUAUGUUUGUGUUGUAUGGGUGGAGCGUAAUGUGGAGAAUGUUUGGGUUUACUGUUCAGGAGGCUGCUACUGGAUAAUCCUACACUACACUGUGUUUUGUUUAGGCUGGACUGACUACAGAGGACAUUUGUAGAGAACGUAUUUUUGUAAAGCGUAGGAGCUUUGAAUUUUCUGGGUAUUUUGUCAAAAACUGAAAUAAAGAGGAUUACACUAUUUCAAA